AUGGCAAACCCAAGACAACGACGUAAAGCUAGAUCAAGUAAUCAUAAAGUAAGAGUAGCAAAACAUGUGAAUUCAAGAUUAAAAAAAGUUACACAAUUAAACUUUCCAGCAGGAUUAGCCGAAUUAUAUAAUCGAAGACAAACACCAACACAAAAUUAUAGAAGAUUAGGAUUAUUAUCUGGAAAAUUAGAUCCAAGAUUAUCAGAAGAUGAAGAUGAAUCAGUUAAAGAAGAAACUACUCAAAUCGAUUCGAAAACUCAAAACUCGAGCAAGCUGGCCAAAGGAGAGGGACGAAUCAUUCGUGACGCAGAUGGUAAAAUCAUAAAAGUAAUAUUAGGUGGUGACGAAGACGUCGAAAUCAUGAACAACAGUGAAGACCCUUCUUCAAUUGUAAUACAGAUAUCUACCACAAGAAGUUCUGAUUAUGCAAACGUGAUGAAAAAUAAACAAUUUUUAUCGGAUAAUCAGGUAGCUUGGAUCGUUAAGAUGAUUGAGAAACAUGGUGUCAAUAACGUUAGCGCAAUGGCUAAAGAUCUUAAAUUGAACACAUAUCAAAAGACUGAGGGCGAGAUUCGACAUAUGAUUUCAAGAGUGGUGAAGUGA